AUGGCAUAUGAAGGGGCUCGCAAGAUCCGUCUUGAAGAGAAUCAAAAGAGAUUUCAGGAACUAGGAAUCACACAGAUUUCUAAGUCUCUGACUCAGAUUUCCACGAAGACUCCUCAGAAGCGUAUUCACAGAGCCAUCGAAACAACCCUCUCUGCUACUGAACCAAGGCGCUCUUCCCGUGUUCGCACCAACAUUCCUUCCUACCGCGAUGAUGUUACUGUAGAGAUUGGCCGUGCUUUGAGCCUGAGGAAGUCGCGCCAUAACUCUUCAUGGGCCAGCUACAUCGCCCGGCCUCUAGAUGAGUGCAAGUUUGCUUCUUACGAAGAAAAAGUUGGAGCACACAACGCUGCAGAGGAGUUCCAGAUCCGACUCGGAUCCCCACACCCUUCCUUUGUCAAAUCUAUGGUUCGCUCCCACGUUUACAGUUGCUUUUGGCUGGGGCUUCCUUCAAGAUUCUGCGUGGCCCAUCUUCCUGAGCAGACUGUGGAAAUAGUGCUAGAGGAUGAGAAGGGAGAAGAGUAUGAAGCAGUUUACAUUGGGGCAAGAAGUGGGCUCAGUGGUGGAUGGAAAAGGUUUGCGCUUGAUCAUAAAUUGGAUGAUGGUGAUGCUCUUCUCUUCCUGUUGAUUGAACCAUUGAGGUUCAAGAUCUAUGUGUUUCGAGGAGCUGAGCACGCAAAUCUUACAACCGCAGGUAAGAAAGGCAGAGCGAGGCCAAGGGGAGAAGAUGUUGAAGAAUCAGUUUAUGAGGAAGGCAGCUCAGGAUCCACAAAGAGAUCCUCCGCCAGAUUAACAAGGAAGAGGAGAGCAUAA